GUCGAUUGUGCGCACACCGGCCUUCCGCUGUGAGCUUGCAAGUGGACGGCGGUCGCCGAGGGUCAUCCCGCCUGAAACAUGGCGGCUCACCUGAAAAAACGCGUCUAUGAGGAGUUCACUAAAGUGGUUCAGCAGCCUGUCGAGGAGAUCUCGGCGAAAAAGCUUCGGCUCACGAAACCGAGCAAAUCCGCAGCCCUCCACGUGGAUCUGUGCAAAGCGGCAUCGCCGUCGGACGCCCUGCAGCACCUUCUGCACUUCGCACGCAAGCCGGUGGAGGCCGACAGCGUGGAGGGAGUGCUGAGGAUCCUCCUGGAGCAUUACUACAAGGAGAACGACACCUCUGUCAGGCUGAAGAUCGCGUCGUUACUCGGCUUACUGUGCCGGACUUCCGGAUUUUCCCCCGAUUGCAUUGUGGACGACGUGAUCAAUAUUCUUCAGAAUGAAAAAUCCCACCAGGUCCUGGCCCAGCUGCUGGACACUUUGCUAGAGAUCGGGUUAAAGCUGCAGGAUAACGUCUCUCAUCGCGUGCGGCUCGUUGACGUGGCCUACAAGCAUCUUUUGGACACGUCUCAUGGCGUCAGAAACAAAUGCCUGCAGCUGAUCGGAUGCCUGGGAAUCGUGGAUAAAAUUGCCCCGAAAGAGGCAGAAACUGCGGCGGCCAGAGACGUCCAGAAGGUUAUUGGGGAUUACUUCAACGACCAGGACCCCCGCGUCAGGACUGCGGCUAUUAAAGCCAUGUUGCAGCUGCACGAAAGAGGAUUGAAGUUACAACAGGCGACCUAUAGCCAGGCCUGUAAACUUUUGUCAGAUGACUACGAACAAGUCCGAAGUGCCGCAGUACAGCUCGUCUGGGUCUUAAGCCAGAAUUACCCAGAAAGCAUCGUUCCCAUCCCGUCCUCCAAUGAGGAGAUCCGCCUGGUCGACGACGCUUUCGGGAAGGUCUGCCAUAUGGUCAGCGACGGCUCCUGGGUGGUGCGAGUGCAGGCCUGCAAACUUCUGGGCUCUAUGCAGCAGGUCAGUCCUCACUUCCUGGAGCAGACGCUGGAUAAGAAGCUCAUGUCAGACCUGAGGAGAAAGAGAACGGCUCACGAGCGCGCGAAGGAACUGUACAGCUCCGGGGAGUUCUCCAGCGGCAGAAAAUGGGGCGAUGACGCCCCCAAGGAGGAACUGGACAGCGGCGCGGUGAACCUCAUCGAAUCGGGCGCGUGCGGGGCGUUCGUUCACGGCUUGGAGGACGAGAUGUACGAGGUGAGGAUCGCCGCCGUGGAGUCGCUGUGUCUGCUGGCUCGCUCCUCUCGCCCCUUCGCCGAGAAGUGUCUGGACUUCCUGGUGGACAUGUUUAACGAUGAGAUCGAAGAGGUCCGUCUGCAGUCCAUCCACACCAUGCGCAAGAUAUCCGAUAACAUCACUCUGCGGGAAGACCAGCUGGAUACCGUGCUGGCCGUGCUGGAGGAUUCCUCCCGAGACAUCCGCGAAGCUCUGCAUGAACUCCUGUGCUGCACCAACGUGUCCACCAAGGAGUGCAUCCAGCUGGCCCUGGUGGAGCUUCUGAAGAACCUCUCCAAGUACCCGACGGACCGAGACUCCGUGUGGAAAUGUCUGAGGUUCCUGGGCAGCCGGCAUCCCACCCUCGUCCUGUCGCUGGUCCCCGAGCUGCUCAGCACCCACCCGUUCUUUGACACCCCCGAGCCCGAUAUGGAUGAUCCGGCCUAUAUUGCUGUUCUGGUUUUGAUUUUUAACGCUGCCAAGACCUGCCCCACCAUGCCUGCGCUGUUCUCCGAUCACACCUUCCGCCAUUACGCGUACCUGCGAGACAGUCUCUCCCACCUCGUCCCGCCUCUCAACUUGCCGGGUGUGAAAUGGUCUUGGAUACCGGAUUUGGAGAAGGCGACCCCCAGCGAGGACGCGUCCCAGCAGUUCCUGCAGCACAGCCUGGAGCGCGUGCACAGCCUCCAGCACCUGGGCUCCCAGGGGACACAGGAGCUGCUCGAAUACACCAUCAGAGACCUGCAGAGGAUCGGGGAGCUGCAGUACGAGCUGGCCGGAAUGGCGGACUUCUCGGCCACGUACCUGCGCUGCCACUUGCUGCUGACCAAGGCUUUGAACGAGAAGCUGUGGAGCUUGGCGGCUCCUCUCUGUCUGAACCAGAAUCCGCAGACAGCGGCCGCCGUGAAGCAGAUCCUUGAAGAAACCUACAAGAUGGAGUUCAUGUACAGCGGGCUGGAGAGCCGUCAGGUGGCCAUAAUCCACCACAUGAGGCUGCAGGCCAAGGCGCUCCAGCUGCUAGUCACGGCCCGCACCACCCGAGGCGUGGAGCCGCUGUUCGGGAUGUGCGAGCAGUUCCUGCAGGAAGUGGAUUUUUUCCAAAGAUCGUUUAUCUCUGAGCUCCCUCAGAUGCAGGAGAGCUUCGUGGAUAAGCUGCUGGAUCUGAUGCCCAGACUCGUCAACUCAAAGCCGCUAGAAAUGGUUAAAAUCCUGCAGGCGACCCUGCGGCAAAGCAGCUUCCUGCGUCUGACUCUACCGGAGCAGAUCCACAAAGCGUCGGCCAACAUUAUAGAACCGGCUGAGGAGUCCGACAACCCGAUCCGCUUCACCUCGGGCCUGGUGGUGGCUGUGGAUGUCGAUGCCACGCUGGACCACGUACAGGACCCGCAGAGCACCGUGAAAGUCCAGGUAACCUACCCAGACGGACAGGUCCAGAUAAUCCACCCUAAACCAGCGGACUUCCGGAAUCCGGGGCCCGGGCGGCACCGGCUCAUAACCCAGGUGUAUCUUUCACAUACGGCCUGGACAGAGCCCUGCCAGAUCGAAGUGAGGCUCCUGCUCGCCUACAGCGCCACCCGCGGUAAAGCAUCGAGUGGCUCGGCCAAAUCGUGCGGCGACGGCCCGGAGACCAUGCCCCCCGCCGACAGCACCACGGAGGGCACCGUCCACCUCAGCAAACCCGUCAGAGUCUACCUGAUGCCCAAGUCGGCCAGGAGGUGAGAGAUCCGGAGGGUCCGGCUGCCGAGGGGCACAGCGCUGGAUGUUGAGUAUCCCCCCGGGGGGCC